AUAAACCCAAUUCUCACUCUGGUUUAUUCAUCCUGUUCACUUGACUACCACCCCAUACCAACUGAUUAAAGAAAGACAAAAUACCAAUCUCACUUCAUAUAUUUUUAAUACUGUGUAACAAAGCUUUAAAAUACAUCCAGCUUCUUUGAGGAUUGACCAUUGCAGAUCAAGAACAACUUUUUUUUUAAAAAAGUUAACAUUCAAAAAGACAUGAAAUAAUUAUUUUAUCUAGAAAGCAUUGGAGUGAGGUAGAAAUUGUUACAGAUACUGUAAAGCUAUAAUGUGAAGAAUGCUUUUGAAGUAAUACAAUUUUGGGAACUAAUACUUGACCAUCUUUUAUCCCCAUCUAUACAUUCAAUUCUCCAAUAAAGAGAAAACAGAUUGCUUGUUAUACAACACAUGCUGUCUAAAGAUGAAAUCAUUCAUCACAUUGCAGUGUUUGGCUGUGAUUCUCACUAAUGGUAUGAGGUUGGAUAAUUUUAGUAUUCUGAGGGCAGCCCUGCUGGCUGCCCUUUAUCACCACUACUUUUUUACAGUAGUGAUCGAGCCAUUGGCAGAGGCUAUUCGGUGAGACUCCAAAAUAUCUGCUCCAGACAUAGGACUAAAAUCACAUAAAAUUACAUUGUAUGCAGAUAAUGUUCUAAUUUUCUUAUCGAACCCUGCUAUAUCAGUGCACCACCUUAUACAAUACAUUAAUUCAUUUAGCUCCUUUUCAGGCUAUAAAAUCAACUUUACUAAAUCAGAGGCUAUGCCUCUGGAGAACCUGCAGCAGGUACCUGACACUCAGGGUGUUUUCCCCUUUAAAUGGCCACAGACAAGUUUUGUUUACCUAGGCAUAUUCAUCACACCUACGUUUGAUCAAUUGUUCAAAGCUAACUUUACACAGUUAUUUGACAAAAUCAAACAGGAUCUUGAGCGAUGGAGCACUCUUCCCAUUUCUUGGCUUGGCUGAAUAUCCUUGCUCAAAAUGAACAUUCUUCCUUGUCUGCUCUACCCAAUACCCAGUCAUUUUUACCCAACAAACACUUAAAACAAUAAAUGGCUGGUUUGGUUCUUUUAUUUGGAACAAAAAAAGACCCUGUAUUAAAAUGUCUAAGUUACAGCUUCCCAGUAGUCUAGGGGGCCUGGAUUUUCCAGACAUUAAAAAAUAUCAGUUAAGUUCCUUUUUAUCUUAUGUGGUUGACUGGGUUUGUAGGGAUCCCUCCUCAGUUUGGCUGGACAUUGAAGCCUCACAAACAAAAUGCCCUCUUAUUAAUUUGCUUUUCCUCAAUAAAUGAAAUUAGUUAAGGAAUAUUGUCGCAAUCCAAUAACAAUUAAUACAGUCAGGGCUUGGAGGGUGGUGUGACAAAUUGAGGGCAACGCAGCGAAAAUAUCACCCUUCACUCCAAUAACUGGCAGUCCAGAUUUUCAGCCUGGCAUAAUGGAUCCUGGAUUUAAACUUUGGAUUUCUAAGGGUAUUUUCCAUCUAGGAGACUUGUUUGAUGAAGGAAUGAUGAUGUCUUUUAGUCAAAUAGUACAGAAAUUCAACAUACCCAGCAAGGGUCUUUUUCGUUUCUUUCAGAUAAGAGAUUAUAUACAGAAAAAAACAUCAUUGUUAACUGAUUUCUAUAGUUCUGACAUAGAAAAGAGGGUGUUUUGUUCUAAGGGUGAAGUCUCCAUUAGUACUUUUUACAGCAUCCUGAGGGAAUGUUCUUGUGGAGAGGCUGAGCAGUUGGGAAGGGUCUGGGAGGAAGAGCUGGGAGUAGAAAUUACAGCAGAAACAUGGGAAGACAUCUGUGAUAAUGCAAAGAAAAUUUCAGUUUGUAAUAGAACUAAAACAUUGCAACUCAAAAUUCUGCAUAGAGCCCAUCUGACUUCACGUCGUCUCUUGAAAUUUAAGACGGGGGUUUCUUCAAUGUGUUCUAAAUGUAAAGGAAAUACUGGAACUCUCACCUAUUGUUUUAGGACUUGUCCCAAACUUCAGGCAUACUGGAGUGAUAUUUUGGGUGAAAUGGAAAAGAUUCUGAAGAUGGAGCUUGAACUGGACCCAGUGUCUUUUCUCUUAGGCUUACCCAGCAGUCAUAUUAUUAAUGCACAUCAGAAAAAACUUUUUAACGUCCUGACUUUUUGUGCGAGGAAGAACAUUUUACUUUGUUGGAUAUCCAAUAAGGCCCUUGGACUUUCUGGUUGGCGUAAGUUAAUCAUGGAGUACAUUCCUUUGGACUUUUUAACAUGUAUGGUACACUCAAAAACAAAUAGUUUUCAUAAAACAUUGCAACCUUUUCUACAGUAUGUAGAUGUAAACCUGUCCGCGAUACUAAUAAGGGCUUUUGUAUAGGAUGUGGUGGUGAUGUUUAUACCUUGAUGGAAGUGUUCUGAUAGUUGAUAUCAGUGAGGGGAAGAAAUGUAAAUGUACCUGGAAAUUGAAAGUUUUGUUAUGCUGAGCAAAAAAAUACAUCCCAUUUCUUUGAGAUUGAUCAUUGCAGAUCAAGAACAACUGUUUUUUUUUAAAAAAAGCUAACAUUCAAAAAGACAUGGAAAAAAUAUUUAAUCUAGAAAGCAUUGGAGUGAGGUAGAAAUUGUUACAGAUACUGUAAAGCUAUAAUGUGAAGAAUGCUUUUGAAGGUAAUACAGUUUUGGGAACUAAUACUUGACCAUCUUUUAUCCCCAUAUAUACAUUCAAUUCUCCAAUAAAGAGAAAACAGAUUGCUUGUUACAAUGGUGAUAGGUUUUUGCUUUAUCUGCUUUCACCACCCUACAUUUCCAAUAAUUCAAGGCUUUGUUUGUGUUGGGCACGUGGCCAAGUGGUCUAGUGAUUCGUUCGUCUAGUGAUCUGAAGGUCGCUAGUUCGAGCCUCAGCUGUGGCAGCGUGUUUGUGUCCUUGAGCAAGGCACUUAAUCACACAUUUGCUCUAGUGUCUGUGCGAGGAGUGGCGCCCCACACAGGCUUCCAAUCUGGGACUUGCAAGGCAUGAAAAUGCCAGACGCAGGCCUCUCAUGGUCUGAGUCGACAUUCCCUCCCCCCUUUGUAUUUGACUUUAGUAAACAGUUUUGUGGGAUGAACAUGUAGGGCUUGUGCUUUUUGAUCUUGUCACGUGAGCAGUCACGUGAGCAGUCGAGACCGGCGGCCGUUACUGGGGCAACAGCAGCACGGGUGCAGGCAAGCGGCAGGAGUCAGAGGGUGGGAACGGCGGCGCCAAUGCCCGACUCGGACAUGGCAGAGAGGAUUCAUGGCUGCUUGAGGGAGGAGACGCUGGUGUUGGUCCAGGAUUACCUGCAGCACUGCCUGAGCCUGAGCUGGGAGCAGAGGCCGCCCAACAAGAUGGCUUUCACCCUGCGCAAGGUCGCCUACCAGAUGGUGGAGCAGCACCAGGCUGCCUUCAGCAACAUGAAGAAUGGCUUGGAAAAUGGCCUGCAGGUCUACGCCAUGUCAUGGAGCGGGGCGGCUGGGCCUGUGGGAGAGUCGGUGGUGGUGGCCGAGGACAUUGCAGUUGUGGCGGCCAACUUCCUGCGCCGGGUGGUGGAGGAGAUGUUGGCCGACGAGAAGAUAAACUGGGGCUGGGUGGUGUGCAUCUUCACCUCCACGCUGUGCCACCAUUUCAGGGACUCGGGCCUCGUCAUGUGCCCUGAGGCUGGGCCGGGCCCACUGAAUAUGCUGGCGAAGAGUGUGGCCAACUGCCUGGGCAAGGAGAGGCGAGAGUGGAUCCAGAAAAACGGAGGUUGGGAUGGAUUUCUCAGAUUCUUCAGCAGGGAUGAGCACUGGCAAGAAUCAACAGUGCGAAAUAUGUUGAUAAAGGUUGCUGGCUUUGGUAUAGCUGGGUUAGCUUGCCUUCUUGCUGACCGAUAUUUGCCAAUGUUAAGUUUGUUUAGUGUACACAAACUCUUAAAUUAAUAUACUGUUUUGGGGUCUAUGGGGUGUGUAGGGAGGGGUAGCACCUCUGGUGGGGGGCCUGCUGUGCCCUUUUCAGGGCAGCUCGUCCACCUUUGGUCCGCACCUGGCGCUCAGCUCUCACCUGUGGCUCCAAGUAGCUGUAACAUGCGCAGCGGCCACACCCCGGUAAACCGUCUCGGCAGACGGGCCAAACCAGGUGAGGGUAGCCGACGGGUCUUCGACCCUUGGUCAGGUAGGGGAUUUGCCUGUCCCAGCGUGUGAAGUCUGGCCAUGGCGGAUUGAGCGGAGGAGACCAGUUAAUGGUCAAACAGUCAAGAAGGCAGGCCAGCAGGCGUUAUGGAGCGCUAAGAGCACGACAAGGCACUUAGACGUCCUGGUCAUCCACUGCAAGAGGUGGUGAUCCCUUUAAACUCACCUGGCAGAAGGCAAAGGCAAACCACUGCUGUAACCUGCCGAGUACAUGAUUUCCCAAUGUAUCAGAGUGGCAUGGAGGGAAAUCGUUCACCAACUGGAAACUCCAGAUGCAACCUAACGAUGAAACAGUCUUAUGAAUGACUCCACUCUUAUGUUUAGUACAGAGAUCACACCCAUCAAUCAAGAUCCAAAGAUAAACGUACUCAGGUACCAAAAGUUAGAAAAAUAUAGAAAAUAGCUUAAUUUGAAUAAAGAGAAAUAGUCAUUUCAUCGCACAAUUUAUAUCAGUAUGUAUGACUUUUUUGGCUAAUUUUUGAAUCAUUUGUUAUUACCAUCAGUAUAAAUCCAGGCCAUGCCAUCUUGCAGCUACCAUCGGGCAGGAAGUACAGAAGCCUGAAAUCCCACACAAACUGGUUCAGGAACAGCUACUUCCCUUCAACCAUUCAGCUCUGAACACCCAGCAAAUCCUGUAUCUCAGCAUGACCACUAAUGACUACUUUGAUCAUUUUGCACUAAAAUAAACUAUGCUUCUUUAUUGCCCUGUGUUCUUUCUUUUAAAAAUUAUGUAUACAGUAAUUUAUGUUCCUCUUGUGAACGCUGCUUAUCUGAUGCUCAGGGGGCCUGUGAUGCUCCUGCAAGUAAUUUUUUUCAUUAAACCUGUGCACACAUAUACUGAUGCAUAUGACAAUAAACUCAACCUUGAACUUUAAGGAAAGUAAACCCCUUUGUAUUUGAAACCUUUAAAAACUGCAGUAAAAACGAUGUUCAAGAUACAUCAUUUUUAAAAAAGUUAUUUAAUUGAAAUGAAGAUCUAGAAAACAUUUUUUUACAAAGUGUACAUCUAAUUAACCCCAAUACUCAAUGAAGAAUUUAACCUUUCCCUUUGUUCAUAUUUGGUCCAACAAGUAAACAGUAAGCAAGUUGUUAGGUCACAGAAAAGGAAUUCUGGAAAUAAUAUAAAAUUUCAAAAAACUUCUUAGCAUUGAAUUCAAUGGUAAGUGAUAUACAUGAAGUAGUAGGUAUCUCAAAUAAAAAUUACUGAUGGAUUUAUUAAUGGCCUGAAAGAGUAUCUUUCAAUUCGGUUCCACUCUUUCUCCUUUGCUUUAUUUUUCAUGUAAAAAUCCCAUCAUGUUCUUCAGUCUGAGUCUCUUUAGUUUUGGUUGUUGAAAAGUUGUGUAACCUUUUGUUAAUAUAGAAAAUGUGCAACCAAUUCCUCAACACUCACUAAGCUGAACAUUAAAAAAGCAAUACCAGAUUGUGAACUGUCAACUACAGUUCAACUUAACUCAACAUUUUACAAAGAAAGCAGUCCAAAGCAUACCAUUUUACAAAAUCGCAGAGUCUUGCUUAGCUGAGGAAUAGGGAGAUUGCUCGGAUACACUGACCUGUAAGAUUUCAGUCAUUUUGUCAAGAAGUUUAAUACAAAUUGUAAGCAUCAAACUUCACACCUAUUUCGGAAAUCCUUUGCAAAAUCUAUCAUUAAAGAAACCCAACUAGGCCAUGCUUUCUCCUUUCAGCUACCAUUGGGCAGGAGACGCAGAAACCUGAAAACCCAUACCACCAAAAUCAAGAAGAGCCAUGUCUCUUCAACCAUUUGGUCUUGAACCAACCAGUACAACCCUAAUCACUACAUUAGUAUAGCAACUCCAUGACCACUUUGCAGUGCAACGAGUUUCGCUUCUUCUGUGUUUUGUUUUUUUUUUCUGUAGAGAUUGUGCUCUUUCUGGCAACAAAAUGUGCAUAAUUCAUGUUUAAUUUAUGCUUUUCUUGUUAAUGUGUAUCUGAUAUUAUGUGCCUGUGAUGCUGCAAGUCAGUUUUUCAUUGCAACUUUGCUCACAUGUACUUGUGCAUAUGACAAUAAACUUGACUUUGAUUUCGACUUUGACAGGUAUCAUGUUCUUUCCAGGCACUGAUGCUGCCUCUUCAAAAACCAUGAUACUACAUCUAGGUUGAAGCACAAGACACAGCUUUCACCAGCAAGAAUAAUUGGUCUACUGCAAGCCAGGCAGGUUCUCAAGGGCUGCUCUUCAGAAAGUUUUUUUUUAAAUGACUAAAAUGAUUAUGGAACAAAGGAAUCUGUGGGAGUAUUUUCCUCUGUGUUCGAAGUUAGUUGGUAAUCAGAAGGUGACCAUGGCCUUUUAGAAUUGAUCAGAAAUAUGGUUCUAUACCUGUCAUUUUAAAAGGGUGAAAGAUAAGUAGAAAAGAAAGUCAAGGGAAAACCCAAUGAAAUCACUGCAGGAGUUAUAUUUGCAAAGUGAAGCCCAAUAAUCAACACAGUUGGAAGAUUUGAAGAUCUGCAUUAGUUUACAGUGCAACAUACAUUUCUAUUCACAUACGAAGGCAAUAUCCAUCAUUAAGGACCCUCACCAUUUGGGACAUGCUCUCUUCCCCUUAUUACCAUGGGGGAGGAAGUACAGGAGGCUGAAGACCCAUAUUCAUGUUUGAAGAACAGCUUCUUCCCCUCCAUUAUCAAAUUUCUGAGUGGUCCAUGAACCCUAUCUCAAAAUUCAUCUUUUGCACAAUUAUUUAUCUUUGUAAUUUAUACCAAUAUUAUGUCUCAUACUGUACUGCUGCCACAAAACAAACUUCACAACAUUCUGUAUCUCAGUGAUAACAGACCUGAUUCUGAUUCAAGAAAUCAACUGAAAGCAGAAAAAUAAGUUAUUAUUCAUUGAGCAGUUUGUUGCUUUCUUGAGAACCACUGGGGGUUCCACUGGUCUAGGAGACACCGAGAAAAUUCUGAAUACUGAAGGAAUGAAUGAUCGUCAAGUUCAUCAUUCCCAAAAUUUGACAGUGUGUACCUGACUAGCAGGCUCCAAAGGAGUUCUACAUGUUAAAUACAUGCUGUGUCAGGCCUGCUUCCACUAACACAUCUCAGCCUCCCAGCCUUCACCCAGCUCAUAGCAUUCAUCUGCCACUCAUUCCAGACUCAUCACCUGCAACCUAUUUAACCUCAAUUCUCAGUCAUAGUCCUUGUUUGAGUUGGAGAAGCUUAAGAUUGAUCACAAAUGAAUAUUUAAAUAACAAAUGGGGAUGUUAUCUAAAGAUUUUUACUGAUGGCUCAUUGGACCCAGAGAGCAGUAGGGCAGGAUUUGGGAUGUAUGUGUCUCAACUUGGAGUUAAGAAUGGUCACCGGGUUUCAGAUGGUGUUUCUGUCUUUGCAACAGAAUUAUUAGCAAUCCUCUGGGCCUUAUGGUGGAUAGAAGACUCUCGACCACGGAGGGUUAUCAUCUGUUCGGAUUCUGCUGCUGCCUUAGAGUCUAUAAAAGGGAGUAAAUCAAAAGUUCGUCCUGACAUAAUUAUUGAGAUUCUCUUAGUGUUGUUUAGAGUAGGGAAGAUGGGUUGUGCAGUUAGAUUUUCAUGGAUACCUGUGCAUGCUGUGGUGGAAGGAAAUUAAAUUGUGAAUGGCAUUUCAAAGUCUUCCUUACAGAGCAGGCAAGUAGAAAUUAGAGUUCCCCUAGGCAGAGCAGAAUUGAGUAGUAGGAUUAAAAAAGGUAUAGAGAAGUGGCAGGAGGAUUGGAAAAUGAAUUAAGGGGCAGGCAUUAUUUUUCUAGUCACCCACUAGUUAAAAAGGUCUCAGACUGUUACCUUUUAAGUCGCAGAGAUAUGGUGAAAUUUACAAGACUUAGGUUGGGGCAUUGUGGGUUAAACUAUUAUUUAAAGAUAAUAGGAAAACAUCCUACUGGAUUAUGUGACUGUGGUAGUCCAGAGACAGUCCAGCAUGUUUUGCUGAGCUGUAAUCGAUACAAAAUUGAAAGACGCAUAUUGUUCAAGAGGCUAUCUGGGAGGGGGGAGAGGAGGAGGGGGAGGAGGAUGAGGGGACGAGGAGGAGGAGGAGGAGGGGGGAGAGGAGGAGGAGGAGGAGAAGAAGAAGAAUCCAUGUGCUGGUUGUGACAAUUGGUGGUGCUGAACUAAAUGGUGUGGGGAUGUUGGGAAGCAGAGUAGGUUCAGGUAGUGGUGAGGAUCUGGAAAAGGAACUGGAAAUAGAGGAUUAGGGAGAUUGUGGUUUGGUGGAAGGAGCUUGGAACGAAGUUGAAUCAAGAUCGGGAAAAUGAAAAAAGAAACAUAAUAUUGCAGUGAUAUCUAGUAAUGAAAAAAAGAGAGAAUGACAUUAAGGUAUUGUUUAAGCUUGAUCCAGAACAGCCUUCUUCCAUCAAUCUCUGUCAUGGUCCGGUCCAUGAAAUCUGCAUUCCGGUUCGCGGUCCGGUCCAUGUUCCUUAUUUCAGGUUUUCUCCAGUUUCUGUUGAGGCAGCUGAUUCUCAUUUGGACUGGCUUCAUAAAUAGCUUCAGGAGUCAGCCUCUGGCUGCCUUGAAGGGUGUGCUUAGGAGUGGUUAAAACUUUCCCAGUGUGUGCACUCCAAGUUGAAGCAAAUGAAAUGCCAUUGGGGCUGUGGUGUAAACAGCUGGAGGCCAAUUACUGGAUUAAUUUAAGGGGACAUGGUGAUAGCCAUCCUACAAAAAGAGUGUUGCAGACAUGCUUGGAGAAGGAGAGGACACAAAGAAAGUUUCGGCUGGACAGGAGAGCAAACAGCAAAAGAUAUGGGUGUAUACGAUAAAGAGUUUUGUCCAAGUGUAGUGUGGCUUGUCAGACCUUUCUGGGCAUUAGAAAAUCCCUCUGUAGAUUUGGAAUUGCUUAAGAUUAAACACAGUAAUAAGAUGGCUGAUAUACUCAGUGAAUAUCAUAGUUACAGGGAAUGUAAAUAUAAAGACAUACAGAUUUUUACGGAUGGCUCAAAGGAUCCAGAAACAGGUGCAACAGGGUCUGCAAUUGUUGUGCCAAGUUAUCGAGUGGAAAUUAGCAAGAGAACACCUGAUUGCUUGAGUGUAUGUGCAGUUGAAAUGUUUGCCAUAUUGUUAGCACUAGAAUGGAGUGAGCAGGUUGAUUGUAUAAUAUUGUGAUGUGUAGCGAUUCUGUAUCGACCCUUGCAAGCAUUAAGGUGGGUACGGCUAGAGGUCACCAGGAUCUGCUUUAGGAAAUCCUGUUUGAAAAUUCAAGACUGGCUAGACAAGGCAAAAAUAUCACAUUCAUGUGGGUUCCAGCACAUUCAGGUAUUAUGGGAAAUGAGACAGCAGAUAGACUGGCAAAAGCAGCAGUCAAAAAAGGAUCUAUAGAGGUCAAUAUUAAACUAUCAAAAUCAGAGGGGAAGAGCAUAGUGUGGAGAAGGAUAAAUCAUCAGUGGCAGCAGCAUUGGGAUAGAGCAAUAAAAGGAAGACAUUUACAUUCAAUUCAGAACAGAGUAGAUAUGGGAAGAAGUAGGGGAGUAAAGCGGAAGGAGCAAGUAAUUAUAAGUAGACUGAGAAUUGGGCACAGCAACCUUAAUGGCACUCUGGCCAUCAUAAACAAACAUCCAACAGGUUUUUGCGAUCUAUGUCAGGAGACUGAAAUAGUAGAGCAUAUCCUUAUUUCAUGCCGGAAAUUUACACAGGAAAGACAAUAAAUGUUACAACAAUUACGCAAAAUAGGACUGGUAGAGAACAGUGUUAGAGGUUUAUUGGAAUGUGGGGAGAGUGUUCGGGGAGGAAAUGGUUGUUUAGUUUUUUAAGGGUGACGGGACUGGAAAGACAGCUUUAAAGUGAAUGGACAAUGAGGGACAAUAAAUCCUGAAGAUGGCUGUAAUGCAACAGUGUGGAUGCCAACUGCCGUAAAACUCAAGGAAGGAAGAAGCCGCCUCUGGCUGCUGGAUUGUUCCUGUCCAUAUCCCCUGUCUGAAUCCCUUCUGUUCCCCUUCCUUCUGUUGCCUCGUCUGAAGCCUUGCCUUGCCUGAAACCUUGUCUCAUCUGAAGCCUUGCCUCACCUUGCCUCAUCUGAAGCCUUGCCUUGUCUAAAGCCUCGCCUCGUCUGAAGCCUCACCUUGCGUUGUUUGAAGCUUUGCCUCACCUGUAACCCUCACUUGCACUGCUGUCUAGUUCAAUCGCUGAAACUAGAUAAGGAACUGUCUCUGUGUCCACGCCUUCACUAGGUAGGUCCAGCCAUUUGCCGCUACCUCGUGUUGCAAACCCUCUGUCUCUGUCCACGCCUUUGCUAGGCAGGUCUGGCUGUCUGUCGCUACCUAGUGUUGGGAACUGUCUGUGUCCACGCCUUCGCUAGGUAGGUCCGGCCAUUGGCCGUCUACCACUACCUUGUGUUGGGAACCGUCUUGUCGUAUUCUGCAUUUUGUGUAAUGAGUUCGGCCCUAUGUCCUGUACCCAAGGAGGGGUCCCGGCUCUGUGUUCUGUGUAUGAGUCCUGGCCCUAUGUCCUGUUUCCAAGGAGGGGGUCCUGGCUCUGUGUUCCAUGUUCCUGUCUCUCCCUCGACCAAGGCUCUGCGUUCCUGUCUCUCCCUCGACCAAGUCAAGGAUUCGGGGUCUCGUCCAGUCCUAGCCAUGAUCCAAGAACCUUGUCCUGUCCAAGUCAAGGCUUUGUGUUCUCGUCCUGUGCUGGAGUUCCCUCGUCUUGCCCAGGAGUCUCUCGUUCUGUCCUGUAGCCUCACCUAGUCCUGUCUCCCAAGACCACGUCAUGUCUUCGCCUAGUUCCAGAGUCCGAGCCAGAGUCAAGACCCAGGGUCGGGUCCUUGUCCAGUCUCUGGCUCGGAGUCCAAGCCCAGGCUCCUAGUUCCAAGUUCCAUGUCCUGGUUCCGCUAUCCAGUCAAGUCCUAGCCUAGGCCCCGUAUCCUUGUCUCGUCCAGGGCCUGUGUCAUGUCCAGCAUCCUUUCUUCCCCACUUCCUUUGCUUUCUUGACUACCUAGUCCUGUUCCUUGUACUUCAGUGUCUGUGUCUUGCAGUUGGGUCCGCUACCAAUGCCCUCCCCGUAUGACAAUCUCAUUAAGUUAACUAGAGAGUUGAAAUCUGUUAUGGGGAUAUAGAUUGUCCAUGUACUUUGAGAAGAGGGAGUUUGUUAAUCAUUUGUAAGGAUAAGAAACAGUGUGAGAAGGCCUUACGUUUGAAGACUUUGCUUGGCAAAAUGAUAGUAUCUAUGUUGCCUUAUGAAAAUAGAGGUAUUAGUGGUGUCAUAAUGGGUGUUCCAGUGGAGAUUUCAAAAGAUGAGGUUAAAUCUCAUUUAUUGGGAGGUAAGGUUAAGGAAGUAAAGAAAUUCCAAGCAGUUAACAAUGAGGAAAAGAUGGAUAAUUUAUCUGUAUUGACUUAUUUUGAUGAGACAAAGCUCUCUGAUAAAGUUAGUUCGGAGUAUUAUUAUAAUAUGCACCCAAUGGCACCAGCUUCCAGAAUUUGAUGUUCUAACUCCCUGGAGUAUGGACAGCUGGCAUGGCCCCUAUGGAAUCUAAUGAGAACUUCCUGGAAAAAACAACACAUCCCAUCACAGUGGCAAAGAGCUGUGGUGGUGUCCAUCCCCAAAGAGCAGAACUCCAGUUCCAUCAACCAGUUCAGGAGGAUUGCACUGUUGAAUAUUGAGGGGAAAAUCUUCUUCUCUGUCAUGGCUAAGAGGAUGACCAGCUACUUAUGGGCAAUGGAUACACUAACACCAGCUGCCAGAAGGCAGGAAUUCCAGGCUUCUCAGGAUGUGUGGAGCACGCAUCAUUGAAAUGGGACCAGAUCCCACGAGUCAAGCGCGAAGAAGGUGACCUACAUGUCAUGUGGCUGGAUCUUGCGAGUGCCUGUGGAUCUGUGCCAUACCAGAUCAUCAACUUCGUGAUGGAGUUCUUUUACAUUCCUGACUGCAUUAGAGGCCUGAUUUCCAAUUACUUCAGUGAGGCUUCUCUUUUUGAGACUUUACAACAGGGUAGUAGCAGCUCGAAGUAGACAUUGCAAUGGGGUAUUCCAUCUCUCCCACCCUGUUUGAGGCAGCCUUUGAGAUCAUCCUUAUUGGAGCAAGGCAGGUGGUUGGAGGGAUAAAGUUACAGUCAGGACAGAGGCUUCCUCCAUUUGAGAAGCUACAUGGAUGAUGUCACAAGCGUCCUUCAGCCGGCUGCGUGUACAAGAAGGCUGCUGAAGAGGCUGGACCAGCUAGUGACAUGGGCAAGGAGGAAGAUCAAGCACUCUAAGUUAUGAAGCCUAUCCCUCUGAAAAGGGGUCAAAGGCAACAACAUCUCUUUUGUUGUAGGAAGCGAGGAAAUCCCAUUGUUGGCCAGGCAGCCCAUGCGGAGCCUUGGGAGACAGUACACUGCAGAGUUCUGUGACAGGAAGAUGGGAAAAGUAGCACAGAAACAGCUCGCAGACAGCAUGGCCAGAAUCAUCCAGAGUCAACUACCCAGGAAGUAUAAAGUUUGGUGCUUACAGUUCAUACUGUACCAAAGAGUGAUGUGGCCCCUGAAAAUGUGUAAAAUUCCCUCAUCAACAGCCAGUAGGAUGGAUGGGAUCGCCAACUCGUACAUCCAGAAAUGGCUGCGGCUUCCUCAGUGUUUCUCAGACACUGGCCGCUUUGGGAAGAACAUGUUGCAGCUGCUACUAAAAUCCAUCAGUCUGGGGGUACAAGCAGGAGAAAACUGGAAUGGUCAUUAUGCUGAGGGAGUCCACUGACCCGCUGCUGAGGAGUGCCAAUGCUCCAAUCCAUACUGGCCGUAAAUGGAAAGCUCAAGCUGAAGAAGACCAGGUCAUCAGCAGGCUGCAGCACCAAGAGGCUGUCGGCAGAGUCCAGGCUGGACACGUAGGAUUUGGCUGGGGGAAGGCAGCACAUUUCUAGUCCAAGGCCUCGAAGAAAGAGGAAAGCCAUGGUAGUAGAGGAGGUGACAAGGACAGAGCAGGAGCACUACAGGGUGAAGGCAGUGGCACAUGGCCUCCAAGCAAGCUGGACAACAUGGAGGGUGCCAUCAACAGGUCACCAACAGGUCAUUCAGCUGGUCUGGUCUGAAGAUCCCACGAGCCAGACUCAGCUUCCUGAUCCGGGCAACCAAUGACACCUUGCCCUGUCCCCGAAAUCAUCACCAGUGCCGACCUCCAACACAAGGUUGCAAGACUGAGCUGUCCCAGGGGUGUUACAGAUGGUGACAUGACUAGGUCCUAAAGAAACUGGCGGAGAUCCUAGAGAUCUGGAGGCGGGAUGCGCGAAGCAGCCUUUCCCCAGUGGAAUGACAACUCAUCCCAUUUGUUAAGGCUGAUAAGAGCGCUGAAUGCACCCGCCCAAGAGCUCUGUCAGGGCUCUUCUCCACAGGCAAGGAGUGGAACAUGAUGGAAGAUCUCAGCAGACAGCUACAGUUUCCCAUGGAAAUCACCACAUCUCUCUGCCCAGACAUAGUUCAGUGGUCCAGAGCCGCCAAGACAGUCCUCCUCACUGAGUUAACCAUCCCAUGGGCAGAAGGAUUGGAGGCUGAAGUACUCAGACCUGGCAGUGGAGUGUAAGGAAGCUGGAGGACCAUCAUCUACUCUGUGAAGGUAGGAUACCGGGGCUUUGUCGGUACAUCAAUGACAAGGUUACUCCGUGAUAUGGCAGUGACUGGAACGAGGCUCAGGGGGGCCACCAGCGAGUUGCCUGAAGAGGCAGGAAAGGGCAGCUUUUGGCUGUGGCUGAGGAGGAAGGAGAAUAAUUGGGGGACUGACUAACCCCACUGAAAGCUGCAGGGGGUGCACGUCCCUGCCACUGCUCUGCCACAAGGAGAUGUACCAGGGCUAAGUGGGUGAAACAUCAGUGAGUGGUGAUCCCUGGCUGAUGACCCUGCAGCUGAUCUAAGGACACUGUUGGAGGUGUGGCAGGCAGCAAUGCCAAGCAGAAAACCUCUUCCAGUAAAAUUCAUUGUUGGCAUCACAGUUCACUUGCUAAAGAUACUUUACUAGUGGAUAAAAUGAAGUUUGUGAUGUGGUGAAUUGUACUGCUCAGACAUCUAGCCAUACUGAGAAAAUUAAAAUUAUUGUGAAAGCUGCAGAAAAGUAUCUUGAUGUAACUGGCAUUUUAUGGGAACCUGUAAAUUAAGCUCUGAUGGGCGGGGUAUCUGUACGCUAGUCUAUUUGUGAAGGUAGAUAAAACAAUUAAAAAUAUUGCAGUGGAAUGCGAGAAGCCUGAUUUCUAAUGGUAAGAAGUCCUGAAGAAGGGUCUUGGCCCAAAACAUCAACUGUUUAUUCAUUUCCAUAGAUGCUACCUGACCUGCUGAGUUCCUCCAACAUUUUCUGUGUUGCCUUAAAUUUCACGCAUCUGCAGAUUUUCGCAUGUUUGGAAGAUUGAGAAGUUUAUUUCUGAUUUGUCAAAUCCUCCCAAUAUAUGUAUUCAGGAAACCUGGUUGUUACCACAUUUAAGUUUUUCUUAGCAGGAUUAUAUUUUUUUGGGUGUGAUAGGUUAGUUGGCAGAGGGGGUGGUGUUGCCAGUUUAAUAAGGAAAGGGGUAGGGUAUCGAGUUGUGAAUGAAACUUAUGAGGCACCUGCAGUGCAGAUAUUUGAUUCAACAAGUAGGUUCAUUUUAAGUGGUUAAUUUUUACAAUCCUUGUGAAAAACUUCCUAUUGAUUUAUUGGAAAGUAUAUGCAGCUGUAGCUCAUUAAGGGCUGUAUUGUGUGGGGAUUUUAAUGCAUACAGUUUGCUGCGGGGCUUCACCAAGAAGCUUCUUGGACAAAAGCAGAGUGGACGCCCAUCUUGCACAAAAGAGGAGAUUGAUCAGCAUCUCCAGAACACCUAUGCAGACGCAACUAGGGAGCAAGACUUGGGGACAUGCUGAGACAAGAUGUGUCCACCAGCACCUACCACUGAGUUCAACAGCAGGGAGCCCAGCUUGAAAGAGGUCCAAGAAAUAGUAAGACCAGCUAGGGCAAUCUCAGCCCUUGGACCAAGUGGAGUACCAUGCGAGUUGUUCAAGUGGUGUCCCAAACUUCUGUACAAACUGUGGAGGAUCCUCAGGGUGAUUUGGAGGAGGAGGAGAGAGGCCCACCAAUGGAGGUUCACAGAUGGUGCCUGGAUUCCCAAGGAGAACUCCAAGAACAUCAAGCAGAUCCGAGUCAUCUCACUGCUCAGCAUGCCCAUUGUCCAGUACUGUUGUCCAUCAACCACCUACAAGGGCAUAUGUCCUGACUGUAACAACAACGUCAGUGCAGGAUGCUGAUGGAUCCUUCAGGGUCAGGAGAAGCUCACUGCUUGGGCAAGGGUGAGUUUCAAUCCUAAGAAAUCCAAAACCUGUCAGUACCUCCAGUUGAACUUUGUCUUUUUGUGUGUUUUCCUCCUAGCCGUCAAUCUGUGGUUUUGUAUUGCCAUGUGCUCUUGUUUGUUUUCAUGCCCCAUGUGCUCCUGCCCCCCCCCCCCGCUCGACUCAGGCCCCUGUAUUACUGAGUAC